AUGGCCAACAUCAAUCCCACCGCCAGCAAGUAUGCGGAUCUGCCGUACGACAAUCCACCUGCAGUGCGCUAUCUCCCCACUACCGCCGCAUAUGACCUCUGGGCCGCACAUUACGACCAUGACGCCAAUUUCCUGCAGGCGCUCGACUCGCUGGCCAUGAAGACUCUGUUUCCGCGUCUGAUUGCCCAUGUCGCCAAGCAGCCUGAUGGCUCUCCGCGUCCAACGCCGUGGAAGCUCGUGGAUCUCGGUUGUGGCACGGGGCGCAACACGAUCGCGCUGCUGGACGUGCCAGAUGCAGAGGUAGUUGCGGUGGACGCAUCGCCGAAGAUGCUGGAAGUAGCCAAGGGGCGGGUCGGCGAAGCAACAAAGGCGAGUGGGCGGACUGGAGAGGUCAGGUUUGGAAUUGUGGACCUCCUUGAGAAUACUGAGCCGCCGCACAUGGUCCAGAACGCUGACGCCUUGGUCAGCACCCUGGUGCUCGAGCAUAUCCCAUGUGAAACAUUUUUCCGGCAGGCGGCGCAGAUGCUGAAACCGGGUGGGUGGCUCUUGAUGACCAACAUGCACAGCGAGAUGGGCGGCAUCAGCCAAGCUGGAUUCGUGGACCCAGAGACUGGGGAAAAGAUCAGACCCAAAAGCUAUGCCCACACACCAGCUGAGGUGCUGGCAGCAGCAGAGAGUGUAGGGUUGGUUGUUGAGGGACAGUUGGAGGAGAGGGCGGUAGACGAGAGCCUGGUCGAGGCACUGGGUCCAAGAAGUCGAAAGUGGGUGGGAAUCAAGUGCUGGUAUGGGGGCUUAUUCCGAAAGGUUGGAUAG